AUGAAACUGUGUGAAUUGAGCUCAAGAACGGAACCGUUGUUCACGGUACUAUCACAGGUCUCUUUCACUCUCUAUCUCGUUCUCCCUGGAUCUCGAGUCAAGUAUUUUUCCGCGGUUUGCCUCUUAAGGAAUUUGAAAACUCAAAGUGUGGAUAUUAGCUUGAACACUCAUUUGAAGACUGUAAAGCUUACACUGAAGGGAAAGAACCCAGUGACCUUGGAUCACUUGAGUGUGAGGGGUAACAAUAUCCGACAGUAUAUCCUUCCUGACAGCUUAAAUCUUGAAACAUUGCUGGUGGAAGAGACUCUUAGGGUCAACCCAAGAAGCCAACUGCUGGAAGGGCUUUGGGUCGUGGGCGUUGCCGAGGUCGUGGAAAUGGAUAUGGUCGGGGCCGAUAAUUAUGAUGCAUUCAUCCCAAUUUUAUGGCAUCUGAGAGCUUACUUGCAUCCGAAGUUAGAAGAAGAGGCAAAUUCAGAAUCAAUGGGGAAGCAAAACGCGGUGAAAUCUGUCGCUGUAGUUUUCGGAGCCCUAGCCUGUGGGUGGCUAGCCAUAGAGCUCGCGUUCAAGCCGUGGUUGGAGAAGGCUCGUGCCACCAUCACCAAGUCUGACCCCACUCGCGAUCCCGACAGUGUUGCCGCCGACAUCGUCAACAACAUUGACCCCGCUAAGGAGUCGUCGUACGACAAUGAUUGUUCUGAUGACAAUUGA